AUGCUGAGGGAGAGCUCCAACGGCUCCGAGGCCUACAGCAGCGACCCCGAGGAGGAGGAGGAGGAGGAGGAGGGGGAGGAGGAGGAGGAGGAGGACAUGGUGUUUGGGGAGCAGGAGGAGCAGGAGGAGGAGAUGAUGGAGCUGAGUGACGUCCCCACAGCGCUCUACGCCUGCAGCGUCCACCAGGACGUCUUCAGGGAGGACCAGCACCAGGAGAGGUUCGAGGCCUUGUUCAGGAUCUACGAUGAACAAACAACCUUCCAGAUGUUCAAAAGCUUCCGGAGAGUUCGGAUCAACUUCAGCACUCCGGAGGCAGCGGCGCGCGCUCGCAUCGAGCUGCACGAGUCGGAGUUCAACGGCAAGAAGAUCAAACUCUACUUCGCCCAGGUUCAGAAUGGUGAGGAGGACAUAGAUAAGUCGUACCUGGCUCCUCCUCAGCCCGUCAAACAGUUCCUGAUCUCGCCGCCGGCCUCGCCGCCGGUCGGCUGGAGUCAGAGCGAAGACGCCACGCCCGUCAUCAACUACGACCUGCUGUGUGCUGUCGCCAAGCUCGGACCUGGUGAGAAGUACGAGCUCCACGCGGGGACGGAGUCCACCCCCAGCGUGGUGGUCCAUGUGUGUGAGAGUGAGACGGAGGAGGACGAGGCGGCGCGGCCGAAGCAGCAGAUCGUGCAGACCAGACGUCCCGAGGGUCCCCCUAAAGUCUUCAACUAGAGAGGCCGUCCCCGCCACGGCGCGGCCCCCGGACCGCCCCUUAGACCUGCCGCGACACACCUGCCUGCCCUCUCUCUCUCGUCUCUGAGAGCGUCGACGCGCCUCAUUUCAGUUCAACUACAAGCAGAAACAAACCAACAAACAUUGCUGUGGAGGAGUUUGAUGGAAUGAGGCGGCUGGAGGGGAUGGAUGAGACCACACACACACUCAUCACAUUCUGCGGACAGUGUGGGGACCGGUGGGCAUGCCUGCCUCCCCCACCACCAACCCCCCCCCCCCUCGUUUUCAGCAAGAAGGGGGAGGAGCUAUACCUGUCCCAACGCAGGCUGUCA